AUGAGCUUUUCCACCAUAAAUAGCAACGUCAAUAAAACCACCGGCGAUAGCAAUAAUAACACCACCGAGAACAGUUCGACUGCAGACCUUUUAGGAAUGGACUUGUUGCAGAGCGGGCCUCGACUGAUGAACACGAUGCAGCCAAACAACUCUUCUGACAUGCUGCACAUUAACAACAAGACUAAUAACGUUCAACAACCAGCUGGAAACACAAAUAUCAGCAGUGCUAAUGCGGGAGCAAAGGCUCCAGCAAAUGAGUUCGUAAGAAAACUGUUCAGGAUACUGGAAAACAAUGAAUAUCCUGACAUUGUAACUUGGACUGAGAACGGCAAAAGUUUCGUCGUUUUGGACACAGGAAAGUUCACUACGCAUAUAUUGCCUAAUCACUUCAAACAUUCAAAUUUUGCAUCUUUUGUAAGGCAACUAAACAAGUAUGACUUUCACAAGGUUAAGAGAAGUCCCGAGGAAAGACAGAGAUGUAAAUAUGGCGAACAAAGUUGGGAGUUUCAGCAUCCAGAAUUUAGAGUCCAUUACGGAAAAGGUCUCGAUAACAUCAAAAGGAAAAUUCCGGCGCAAAGGAAAGUGCUUUUGGAUGAAUCUCAAAAGGCUCUUUUGCAUUUCAAUAGUGAAGGCACUAACCCCAACAAUCCUUCUGGGUCUCUUUUGAAUGAAUCCACCACAGAGCUGUUGUUAAGCAAUACCGUAAGUAAAGAUGCAUUUGGAAAUCUAAGAAGGCGAGUAGACAAACUACAAAAGGAGUUGGAUAUGUCCAAAAUGGAGAGUUAUGCUACUAAAGUAGAACUACAAAAGUUGAACUCGAAAUACAAUACGGUUAUCGAAAGUUUGAUAACAUUCAAGACCAUAAAUGAAAAUUUACUCAACAACUUCAACACUCUGUGUUCCACUUUGGCAAAUAAUGGUAUUGAAGUGCCAAUAUUUGGCGACAAUGGAAACCGUAACCCAACUGGUAAUACCAACCCAGCAACAACAACAGCUAUCCAAAGCAACAACAACACCAACAAUGCUUCUCCGGCAACAUCUACAGUUUCCUUACAACUACCUAAUUUACCCGAUCAGAAUAGCCUAACACCAAAUGCUCAAAAUAACACAGUCACGCUACGAAAAGGUUUCCAUGUACUGUUGGUGGAAGAUGACGCAGUGUCUAUACAGUUGUGUUCAAAAUUUUUACGGAAAUAUGGCUGUACUGUCCAAGUUGUCAGCGACGGUCUUUCAGCUAUCUCAACACUAGAGAAGUAUAGGUAUGAUUUGGUUUUAAUGGACAUUGUUAUGCCAAACCUAGAUGGUGCCACAGCGACAUCCAUUGUCAGAAGUUUUGAUAAUGAGACUCCCAUCAUUGCCAUGACAGGUAACAUUAUGAAUCAAGACUUGAUCACAUACUUACAACAUGGAAUGAAUGAUAUCUUGGCCAAACCAUUCACGAGGGAUGAUUUACACUCAAUUUUAAUACGUUAUCUAAAGGACCGUAUUCCUUUAUGCGAACAGCAAUUACCACCUCGCAACUCUUCGCCACAAACUCAUUCCAACACCAAUACUGCUAAUUCGAAUCCUAAUACGAUUAAUGAACAGUCGUUAGCCAUGUUACCACAAGAUAAUCCGUCAACUACUACCCCUGUUACCCCAGGUGCCUCUAUAUCUUCUGCACAGCAUGUUCAACAAGGUCAACAAGAACAGCAGCAUCAAAUUUUCCAUGCUCAGCAGCAGCAGCAGCAUCACAACGCCAUUGCUAAUGCUAGGUCAGACGUAGCCAUACCGAAUUUGGAACAUGAAAUCAACACUGUACCACAUUCCUCAAUGGGUUCCACUCCGCAAUUACCACAAUCUACACUUCAAGAAAACCAGCUAUCAUAA